AUGAAACUCUUUAGCCAUCAAGCGUUGAAGGACCUACAAAUGUUCACCUCAUCUAAUGGCGUAGAAUUUAGCUUCAUUCCACCCCGCGCACCACAUUUUGGAGGCUUGUGGGAAGCUGCGGUAAAGUCCAUGAAACUUGUAUUGGUAAAAAACACUGGUCACGCGCAUUUGACGUACGAGGAACUCCAAACUGUCGCAGCUGAUGCUGAAGCGGUUGUCAACACACGACCCCUCGCGCCUCUUCCAGAAGAUCCAAACGAUGGAGAAGCCCUCAUUCCAUCGCAUUUGUUGGUCGGAACGUUUUUAAAGGCACUUCCAGAGCCAAGUUUAGAGGAAUGCAACCUAUCGCACUUGACACGUUGGCAACGGUUCACCUACAUCAAGCAACAAUUCUGGGAGCUUUGGCGACGAGAUUACUUGCACACCUUGCAGGCCCGCAGCAAGUGGCUAUCUCCAAAGGCGAACAUAGUUCCGGGGCAGCUGAUCAUGAUCCAUGAAGACAACGCUCCACCUCAGCAAUGGCCAUCAUUGACUUAA